CCGAGCGGCCACCGCGACGACCGAGCGCCGGAUCGCGCCCGACGCGAGUGCAGCGGCACGUGCGGUGCCGCGCUCACGUAAACAUUACGUAUCGAUCGAGUGCCUCCGCUGCACGUUUCGCCAUGAAAACAAAUUAUGUUUCCGUUUGCGCUGCGACCGCGCGACCAGUAGCACGAGCGGCCGAUCGCCGCGACCUCGCUCCGAGCCGUCGACCUUAACGUCGCGGGGACGGUCGUGGUGUCGCGAGCGCGCCGGCGGGCGCCGGAGUGAAGGGCCGCCAGGGCCGGAAACGACGAACGCGAGUGUCGGUGGAAGUGUGUCGGGUGAUGGUGGUCGGCGGGCGGCGGCCUGUGGAGCCCCGCUCGGACCCUGCGACCGACCGUAUUGUGUAACACUCGGGGGGGGUGGGCGGCGUGUUGUGGCGUGUUGCGGGCGCGCGUGACGUGACGGCGGGGGCAUGCCGGGCGGCCGCCGGGGGCUCGUGGCCCCACAGAACACCUUCCUGGAGAACAUCAUCCGCCGCUCCUCCUCGCAACCAGAUAGCAGCUUCCUGCUGGCGAACGCGCAGAUCGUGGACUACCCGAUCGUGUACUGCAACGAGACGUUCUGCAAGAUGUCGGGCUACAACCGCGCCGAGGUGAUGCAGAAGUCGUGCCGGUGCGCCUGGAUGUUCGGCGAGCUCACCGAGAAGGAGGCCGUGGAGCGCGUCGACCGCGCGCUCGACCACCACCUCGCCGACCACUUCGAGAUCCUGCUCUACAAGAAGAACCGCACGCCGCUAUGGCUGCUGGUGCACGUGGCGCCGAUCCGCAACGAGCGCGAGCUGGUGGUGCUGUUCCUGCUGACGUUCCGCGACAUCACCGCGCUCAAGCAGCCCAUCGACGCCGACGACCCCAAAGGAGGCCUGUCGAAGUUCGCGAAGCUGGCGCGGUCGGUGACGCGGUCGCGGUCGGUGCUGGUGUCGGCGCUGCCGGCGCUGAAGGAGCCGGCGCGGCAGAGCCAGCUCGCGCAUGUGAUGUCGCUGUCGGGGGACGUGCUGCCGCAGUACCGGCAGGAGGCGCCGAAGACGCCGCCGCACAUCCUGCUGCACUACUGCGCGUUCAAGGCCAUCUGGGACUGGAUCAUCCUGUGCCUGACGUUCUACACGGCGAUCAUGGUGCCAUACAACGUGGCGUUCAAGAACAAGACGAGCGAGGACGUGUCGCUGCUGGUGAUCGACUCCAUCGUGGACGUGGUGUUCUUCAUCGACAUCGUGCUCAAUUUCCACACGACGUUCGUGGGCCCCGGCGGCGAGGUGGUCAGCGACCCGAAGGUCAUCCGCAAGAACUACUUCAAGUCGUGGUUCCUCAUCGACCUGCUGUCCUGCCUGCCCUACGACGUCUUCAACGCCUUCGACCACGACGAGGACGGCAUCGGCAGCCUGUUCAGCGCGCUGAAGGUGGUGCGGCUACUGCGGCUGGGGCGCGUGGUGCGCAAGCUGGACCGCUACCUGGAGUACGGCGCCGCCAUGCUCAUCCUGCUGCUGUGCUUCUACAUGCUGGUGGCGCACUGGCUGGCGUGCGUGUGGUACUCCAUCGGCCGGUCGGACGCCGACUCGGGCCUGCAGUACUCGUGGCUGUGGAAGCUGGCCAACGUCACGCAGACGCCGUACGCGUACGUGUGGUCCAACGAGUCCGACGGGCCGGAGCUGGUGAACGGCCCGUCGCGCAAGACCAUGUACGUCACCGCGCUCUACUUCACCAUGACCUGCAUGACCUCCGUGGGCUUCGGCAACGUCGCCGCCGAGACCGAUAACGAGAAGAUCUUCACCAUCUGCAUGAUGAUUGUCGCAGCGCUGCUGUACGCGACGAUAUUCGGCCACGUGACCACGAUCAUCCAGCAGAUGACGUCGGCCACGGCCAAGUACCACGACAUGCUGAACAACGUGCGCGAGUUCAUGAAGCUGCACGAGGUGCCGAAGGCGCUGAGCGAGCGCGUCAUGGACUACGUGGUGUCCACGUGGGCCAUGACCAAGGGGCUCGACACCGAUAAGGUGCUGAACUACUGUCCCAAGGACAUGAAGGCGGACAUCUGCGUGCACCUCAACCGCAAGGUGUUCAACGAGCACCCCGCCUUCCGCCUCGCGUCCGACGGCUGCCUGCGCGCGCUCGCCAUGCACUUCCACAUGUCGCACUCCGCGCCCGGCGACCUGCUCUACCACACCGGUGAGAGCAUCGACUCGCUCUGCUUCAUCGUCACCGGCAGCCUCGAGGUCAUCCAGGACGACGAGGUGGUGGCCAUCCUGGGCAAGGGCGACGUGUUCGGCGACUCGUUCUGGAAGGACGCGGCGGUGGGGCAGUCGGCGGCGAACGUGCGCGCGCUCACCUACUGCGACCUGCACACCAUCAAGCGCGACCGCCUGCUCGAGGUGCUGGACUUCUACCAGGCCUUCGCCAACAGCUUCGCCCGCAACCUCACGCUCACAUACAACCUUCGGCAUCGACUCAUAUUCAGAAAGGUGGCGGACGUGCGGCGCGAGCGCGAGCUGAUGGAACGUCGCAAGCGCGAGCCGCAGCUGGAGCAGGCGCAGGACCACCUCGUGCGCAAGAUCUUCUCGCGCUUCCGCCGCGAGCGCAGCGUCGCCGCCGCCCCGUCGCGCGCGCCCGCCCCCGCCGCCGCCGCGCCCGCCGCCGACGCCGAGCGUGGCGACACGGCGGGCGCGGGCGGCGCGGGGGCGGAGGGGGACGCGGGGGGCGGGGCGGCGGGCCCGGGCGCGGCGGGGGCGCGCGGCAAGUGGGGCCGCCUGCUGUCGGGCGGGUCUCUGGACGCGGGCGAGGCGCCGCGCGCCGCCUUCACCCGCUCACUGAGCGCGCGCGACCGCCAGCCGCCCGCCGGCGCGCUCGGCGUCGCGCCCACCGAGAGCGCCGCCGCGCUCACAUUGAAGGCUGCGUUCGGUCGCAGCAGGGCGAGCAGCGUGCUCGGUGCGACGACGCGGCGGGAACCCAUCGACGAGGAGAGCGAGGAGCGUAAACCCGCCCCCGCCCCCGCUCCGACCGCGGCGCCUGCCCCAGCCCCAGCCCCCGCCCCCGCCCCCGCCCCCGCGCCGACCGCCCCCACCGCGGCCCCCGCGCCGACCGCGCAGGACACGGCGCUGGCGGAACUGCGGCGCGACGUGCGCAACGAAGUGCAGCGACUGCAGCAGAAAUUGGGGAGGGUGGAGGAGCUGCUGACGAUGCUGGCGUCGCGACUCGGGGCGGACCCCAACGACGCGACCCCAGACACGGAGCGAUCCGACCGCACCGACAGAUCCGAUCGAGGCGAGAGAUCGGAUCGCACCGACCGAACGGAUCGAGGGGAGAGGCCCGACCGAACCGACAGAUCCGAUCGAGGCGAGAGGUCCGACCGCACCGAUAGAACGGAUCGAGGAGAGCGAUCCGAACGUACCGAUCGCCCGGAGAGGACGGACAAGAGCGACCGCCCCGAGCGGCCCGACCGCAUCGAGCGCCUCGACAGAGACGGCGCGCUCGCCAGAAAAAGGAGGACAAAAGCGCGGAGCAAGGGCGCGGCGCCCGCGGUGCCGACGCCGCCGUCGCCGCCGGGCGCGGGGGGCGCGGGGGCGGGGGGCAGCCCGGGCUCGGCGUCCGCGCGCCGCCGCGACUUCGUGUAG